AGGUAGCAAAGGCCGGGAGCUACAGAAUUAUUAGCUAAGAUUAUCCAGGCAUUAUCUUCCCGAGAUCUCUGCUUGUGUUCCUCGCUCUGCCGUAGCGGCUACGAAGAGUUCGCUGCGUCUCUUCUCUGCCUGAGCCUCCGCAAUGAGCUUCUUUGGCUUUGGGCCGGCCGCGGAGCUGGACAUUGCUCUGACAGAUGGGGAGAGCCGCCGCCGGGUGGAGCAUAAGACUGAGGAUGGCAAGAAAGAGAAGUACUUUCUGUUUUAUGAUGGGGAAACAGUGUCCGGCCGAGUCACCGUCAAUCUUCGAAACCCGGGCAAAAGGCUGGAGCACCAGGGGCUGAAAAUAGAGUUCAUAGGGCAAAUCGAGUUGUAUUAUGAUCGUGGAAAUCACCAUGAGUUUGUAUCUUUAGUGAAGGAUUUGGCGCGACCUGGAGAGAUUUCUCAGUCUCAGAGCUUUGACUUUGAAUUUACCCAUGUGGAAAAGCCCUAUGAAUCAUAUACUGGGCAGAAUGUUAAAUUAAGAUAUUUCUUGCGUGCUACUCUCAGUCGUCGUCUUAAUGAUGUUGUGAAGGAAAUGGAUAUUGUUGUUCAUACCCUAAGCACUUACCCUGAGCUGAAUUCUUCAAUCAAGAUGGAAGUUGGCAUUGAGGAUUGUCUUCACAUUGAGUUUGAGUACAACAAGUCCAAAUAUCACCUCAAAGAUGUCAUUGUGGGAAAAAUUUAUUUCCUCCUUGUACGAAUCAAGAUUAAGCACAUGGAAAUAGAUAUAAUUAAGCGAGAAACUACAGGAACAGGACCAAAUGUUUACCACGAAAAUGACACAAUUGCCAAGUAUGAGAUCAUGGAUGGUGCACCAGUGAGAGGGGAAUCUAUUCCUAUCCGACUAUUCUUAGCAGGUUAUGAACUAACCCCAACUAUGAGGGACAUCAAUAAGAAGUUCAGCGUGCGCUAUUACCUCAACUUGGUGCUGAUAGAUGAGGAGGAAAGGCGUUAUUUCAAACAGCAGGAGGUUGUGUUAUGGCGAAAAGGUGACAUUGUAAGAAAGAGUAUGUCCCACCAAGCAGCCAUUGCCUCUCAGCGAUUUGAGGGAACAAGUCAUCCAGAGACUAGACCACAACACAGCGGAGCUGCUGCAGUUGAACAAGAGCAGGAGUGACAUUUUGUCCUGAAACUGCCAGGUCUCACUGAUCAGAUUUGACUGGACCUCUCCUAUUCCACUAUCACAACCCAGUGCUAACACCUUGGCACAGACUAUCAGUGGGUUAUUGCUGGCAAAGGGGUGAGACCAGCCUCAUAUACCAAGCAAGGCAAAUCCUCUCUUUUGGGCUGCUAUUUUACAUUCAGCAAAUGGGGACAGGGAGUGGAGUAUUUGUCCAUUCACAUUUUAGUUGAUAUUUUUAUGCUUUCAUUGCCAUAUUAGUUUAUUAGGCUAUCAGCCUUAAAAGCCCACAAUUUUAGACGUUGGUCAAUUGGGAUAGCAGCAGAUAACAGUAUUUUAAAUCAGCAUCUUUACAAAUGAGACAUGCCCUCUUAGCUUCUGUUUUACAUGUUUUAGGAAAGCACCCUAUAUGCCAGUUCUGACCACUCUGGGGCAGCAACAGUAUAAAUGACCUGAUUUCCUUUAAAAAUAUUAUAUAACAUUUCACUUAAAUUGGCUUCACCAAAAUACUGUGUGUUUUCAUUAACAGUAUUCCAAAUCAUUCUGUAAAAUUUAAUAUUUGAGAACCAAAAUCAAAAUAGUAUUUUGUUAGGCAGGCCUGUUGUCAAGGAAGUAGAAUAUUGGGGGAAACAAUGUGAGAUAAUAUAUUUUUAAUAGCUUAUUUUAAAACAAACAAAAAAUACUUUCCUUUUAAUUUACUUUUAAAUCCCCUAAAAUUUAGAAGCCCUGUUGACUGUUGCAGUUUACUGUAAAAUGGCCUGUAAAAUGGUUACAGCUACUGCCCAGCAGAUGCCUGAGAUGUGCUACACUAUAAUAGCCAUCAUAAAUACCAUGAUAAAAUUCAUGGUAUGUUAGUAGUACAUUUUCAAAAUAUGUUUGUUAAAGCAACAAACCAGCAUCCCACAAUCAGUUACAAUUUGGCUCCAGUUUUCUGUGAAUUGUAUUGAGUCAGCCUUGUUUUUUUAAUCAUUGAAAAUGAUGAGUGAUCAAAUGGAUAUUUCAAAAUGUUUUUACCUACAGUGUAUUGCACAGUACUUUAAAUUAUGUACCAUGCACCAAUAUACAAAUUAAAACAUAUAUAUGCUAAUGUGAAAUGGGUGGGUUCAGAUAACAAAGAAAUUAGCACUUUUUCCAUAUUCCCACUUACUCUGAUUUUUAUUUACAUCACAAGCAACCAACCCCACCAUCUCUAAAAAGAAAUAUUUAUUAAAUGGUCCACACUUUAAAAUUGUGUGCCUCCUUAUAUAAUGCUAAAGUGUUAGCUCUCUGGAGCAGUGCCUGCAUCGUUUUAUAGAGCACUGCAUGUUAGUAGUGCUCAGAACUCCAAAUCAAUUUCCAUAAUUUAGUGAUAAGCUCUUCACUAUAGCCAUGACUGAACUUCACAUUAUCAUUCCAGCUGCAGUGUUUUUCAUGUGUUUGUGUUUUAAAUGUCAGUUUUAUGUUGGUUUUAUUAGUAUCAGAUUAAAAAAUAUUCUCAGUAAACUACUAAA